GACCAGUGCUGCGACGUUCUGGAGGCUACGUGCGCCGCAGUGGAAACACAGCUGCAAGGCAGAGUGUGGCUGACUGUCGGACUCACGGUUCCCGGUUGCUGUGCCACAGCGCCCGCUGCCACGUUGGUCUAAGUCAUUUAGGCUCAAAUUUUCUCGGCUCAGCCACUACGCCUCGCGCCGGCUGCCCCUACCGGGCGCCCCGCGAGAUGGGCCCAGAGAUGGACCCGAGCAGCUUCGACAUGGCUUGCAUGCAGCACGAUAUGGCGGCGAUGAUUACGAUGAUGGCAGGCAUGUCCAACACGCCGUCGCACAUGACGUGCAGCCAGACAGCGGACAUGUCGAACACAGUCUGCCUAUCCGACAGCUCUGGACAGUGGACGGUGGUGGGAGCAGAGAUCGUGCGGGAUUUGUCUGAGUUUGGCGAGAUUGCCCGCCUCGACACCUGUCUCGCAGGCACGCUCGGGACGGUGCUGGUGACGUACUUCGACGUGCGGAGUGCCCAGAACGUCAUGCUGCAAAUGGCGUCCCGUGCCAAGCCCUUCCAGCCAGCAUCGCACGACUGCCGCAUCGUGUCGGUAGAUCUUCAGGGCUUCGGCGCGAAGAUGGGCCACAUGGGAGGAUUCCAGCACUUUGGCGAGGUGGCCCACGUCGACGUGCUCGGCGGGCAGGCAAUCGUCGAGUUCUACGACCUGCGCUCCGCACAGGCGCUCCUGGCGUCUGCAGGUGACUGCGCCUCCCCGGUGCCCGCGGGCGCUGCCGCGCCGCCCUCGCCUCACCAGCUGCGCGAUCCGAUGGAGGCUAUCCCCGCGCAGCUGCCGGCACCGCCUGGCCUAGGACGCCCGGCGGCAGCUUCCUGCAAGGCAGGCGUCAAGGGCAACGGCGGCAUCCCAGACAGCGCCGCAGGGCAGGCCGGCGACGCGCCCAAGCACCGCGUGGCGAGGACCAAGAUCACCGACAAGGACUUUCAGAAGUUCGACAUCCAUCCGGACGCCAUACUGCGCGGCGCGGACAAGCGCACAACCGUCAUGGUCAGGCACCUGCAGGGCGCCUGUGCGAGAAAGGACUUCCUGUCGUUCCUGGACAGGUGCGGACUCGGCAAUCGGUACUCCUUUUUCUACAUGCCGUGCAAGGAGCAUCGCAAUGUGCCGGCAGGGUUCGCAUUUGUGAAUUUUGCCGCGCCGCAAGACGUGCACACACUCUUCAGCGCGGUGGCGAGCGGACUCUGGCGGGAGGUGUGCGGCAACUCGCCCACGAAGUCACCUGCCGUCAGCUACGCCCGCUUCCAGGGCCACGAGGACUUGGUGCAGCACUUCAGCCUCUCGGUCGUGCUCCAGGAGCAGGACCCCGAGAAGCGCCCGAUCUUCCGGCCCGAGGUGGCCAACCAGUGCCAGGUGGCCACUCGCCCGACCAGCGCCAGCGGCCCGAUGAAGGUCGGCCAGGCCCUGCCCAUCCCCAGCCCGCCCGGGAUGGCGGACGACGCCGACGUGGCCCCCCACGCCGAUGCGCCGGGGUUCGGCGGGGCCGCAGCAGGGAGCCUGGCGCUGCAGAUGUCCAGCCUGCAGCUGCAGGAGGCGGUGGAGGGGCUGCUGCGCAAGCACGUGCAGGGAAGGGCGCAGAGGGCCACCGGGGAGAGGAUCAGCUGCGAUCAGAGCUCGGCGGCAGGGCCCGCGGCGGGCCCAGAGAAGAUGAGGGCUAUGGUCGGUGCCAUAGGAGACGAGGAGUCUGAUGCGUUCUGUCAGGGCAUGACAGGGGCCUGAAGAGUCGCAGGAGCGCGACGCCUGGGAAUGCGCAGGCGUUUGUCGCACCUUCGAGGGCAAAAUUCUCCCACCGGGGUCCCCGUGGUUCAUUGGUGCUUGCAGGCGCCCUCUUCCGCCACACGGUUGAUUGCAACCUUGUUGCCCUUACCUGUCUGAGCUAGUUGUGCUCCUCCUCCUCCUCCUCCUCCUGCUCGUGCUGGCCGCCAGUCUAUGCUAAUGUGGCUCGAGCUGGGACCCUGUGCACUUUACGGCGCAGUCCACACUACUUUCUGACAGUUUUUGAUGGUGUUGCCCAGCGUGACGCUCGCUGCCGAAGAGGCAGAGGGAUUCCGUCGGAAUCAUAACCGUUACACAGCGGCCUAGGCGCGAUGCUCGUCUACGGCGCCUGUUAGCAGAGGACUUGUAAGGGCUGGCUGGGGUGGGCGGUGGCGAGGCGGUGGAGGAGCAGUUGCAGAGGCGCGGUGCGGCCUGCGUCGCAGGUGGAGCUUCUGAGAAUUGUCUGGCGUUCCAAAUUGUAUCAAAUUGUCUGGCCGAUCGGGCCACGGGGCAGGCUUUUGAAACCCCCGGGGCUGGGCCCGCUUCCUCCAGCUUGCAAUCGCCGUCGCGGCGCGCCACCACAGGCGGGCGGGGGCCCCCCCCGCCCUGCUCCCUCCCCUCGCAUGCCCCAGCCCGCCCUCUUCCUCCACAGGCCCCCGCACCCGCGACGCGCGCCGGCGAUGAUGCCCGCUCCGCUUCCAAAUGGGGCGUUGCGUAAUGGGGGGGGCGACAAGUGGGGGGCGACGAGAGGUGCAGCUCUUGUGCCUUACAGGGGCCGCCUGGGGCCCAAGAGGGGGCACAACAGGUGCGCGUUCCUUCGCCCAAAUUCGCCCUCGCGCACCGCAGCCCGUGCCCGCCGACAGAGGCGCGCAUAAGUUUCUCCUGGUUCCAACGGGCUGGCCGUGGCGCUUCGACGGAAAA